ACUUUGCACAGUCCGCUCGUGGCAUCACCAUCGCACGGGGUUUGUUUUUCUGGCCUCUGCGCGCGAUGGACGAAACGAGUCCUCUGAUCUCUCCCCUCCGGGAGUCCGGCGACUUCAGUCACGCGCAUCUGUCCGAGUCCGGCUCGCGACGGGACGGUGUGGAAGGCAUACCGGUACCUGGCUCGGCAGCUCGCGUGCCCCCAGGGAGCCCUGGAAGCAGUCGCGAGAGGGAACCGCUGUUGGACAGGAACGAGUUUAACGACGACCCGGAGUUCCGGGAGAUCGUGAGGAAAGCAGAGCGGGCUAUCGAGGAGGGCAUCUUCCCGGAGAGAAUCUCGCAAGGCUCGAGCGGCAGUUACUUCGUCAAAGAUGUUCACGGGAGGGUGAUCGGUGUGUUCAAGCCGAAGACGGAGGAGCCGUACGGUCAGCUGAACCCCAAAUGGACCAAGUGGCUGCAGAAGCUGUGCUGCCCGUGCUGCUUCGGCCGAGACUGCCUAGUGCUCAACCAGGGUUACAUGAGCGAGGCAGGGGCCAGUCUAGUGGACCAGAGACUAGGACUCAACAUCGUUCCAAAGACCAAGGUGGUGUAUCUGGCCAGUGAGACCUUUAACUACAGUGCCAUUGAUCGGGUCAAAGCCAAAGGCAAGAGACUGGCCCUGGAGAAAGUACCCAAAGUGGGACAACGAUUCCACCGGAUAGGACUGCCCCCUAAGGUGGGCUCUUUCCAGCUGUUUGUGGAGGGCCACAAAGACGCAGACUAUUGGCUGAGACGCUUUGAGGCGGAGCCUCUGCCUGACAUGACCAAUCGGCAGCUGCAGCUGCAGUUUGAGCGACUGGUGGUGCUGGAUUACAUCAUUAGGAACACAGAUCGAGGCAAUGACAACUGGCUUAUUAAGUAUGACUGUCCAGCAGACAAGGGAAGUAAGGAUGAAGAGUGGGUGAUGGUCAAGGAGCCAAUCGUCAAACUGGCAGCAAUAGACAACGGCCUGGCAUUCCCCCUUAAACACCCAGACUCAUGGAGAGCAUACCCAUUCUAUUGGGCGUGGCUGGCCCAGGCGAAGGUUCCGUUCUCUCAGGACAUCAGGGAGCUGGUGCUGCCCAAGCUCACCGACCCCUCCUUCAUCAGAGACCUGGAGGAGGACCUCUACGAGCUCUUUAAGAAGGACCCAGGAUUUGACAGAGGGCAGUUCCACAGGCAGCUAGCAGUAAUGAGAGGACAGCUCCUAAAUCUUACACAGGCUCUGAAAGAGGAAAGGUCUCCACUACAGUUGGUGCAGAUGCCCCCAGUCGUCGUGGAGACGAGACGGGCCCCUCAGCGAGACGACAGCCAGUCUUACACACACUCACACACACACUCCAACACACACACGGACGAUGAAAUGUCAUACAGCACGCAGAGCCGAAAGCCCUUCUUCAGCUGGUGGUGAGAGAGGAGAGGAGAGGAGAAGAGAUGGAGAAGAGGUGGAAAUGAAGAGCAGAGGAGGAAGAAAAGAUGGAGGAGAAGAGGUAGAGCUGACCGGAGAAGAGGGGAGGAAAAAGGAGAGAAGAGAAGAGAAAAGAAUGAAAGGUGGAGAAGAGGUAGAGAUGAAAGGAGAAGAGGGGAGGAGAAAAAAGGAGGUUGUGGACUCCCGAGCUAAUCAGCUGUUGAAUGUGACUACGGUGUGUCCCCUCAACUUCAGCUGUGUGUGUGUGUGUGUGUGUGUGUGUGUGUGUGUGUGUGUGUGUGUGUUAGCUCUGUUUACUUAUACCUCAGUUCUCUGUAUGUUGAUGCCCUAAAAAACAGAGGAGUUAACACACACUCCCUUCACACACACACACACACACACACACACAUGCAGAAACUCUAAUGAAUGUACGGUAUCUACACGUUAUGUACAUCUUGCACGUAAUAUAUGCUGUGUGUGUUUGCAUAUGUGUGUGUGUGUGUUUGUGUGUUUAAUGUUUAUGCCAUGUGUGAGUUUACUGAGCAUGUACAGUGCCUGAACGUGAGUGUGAAUGAAUGUGUCUAAGUGUAUGUAUGUAUGUGUUUGUGCAUGCGUAUGUAUGUGUGUGUGUGUGUGUGUGUGUGUGUGUGUAUGUAUGUGGAAAAUAAGCUGGUGGUAUGAGUAUGUAGGAGUACCAGAGGUAUUUAUGUCAUUAAUUUAAUUAAAGGUAAGGAUGGACAGGUAAGAAUCUGG